GAUGGGUAAAAAUACAAAAAGCAGACAUUGAAUAUCCCUUUGAGCAUGGUGAAGUUAUUAAUUACACUUUGGAUGGUGUAUCAAUACACUCAGUCACUACAAAGAUAGAUGCGUCCUUCCUAACUCAGUUGCCGGAGAGGAAGGAAACUGCUCAGGGAUUUCACCAUAAGGACAAUGGUGACUUUAAAACAGUUACAGAGUUUAAUGGCUGUGAUGGGUGAAAACUAAGGCUGGAUCAACAACAUUGUAGUUACUUCACAAUACUACCCUAAUUGACAGAGUGAAAAGAAGGAAGCCUGUACAUAAUGCAAAUAUUCCAAAACAUCUAUUCAUUUUUAUUUCAUUAGGGAAGCCCAAUUGAGGCCAGUGUCUCAUUUUCAAUGGUGUCCUGAGGACAUAAAAUAAAUCAAAUGAAAAUUCAAGAUACAAUAAGUACAUUACAUUAGAACAUCACAGGCAUCAUUAACAAAAUGAUUCAAAUCAAUGUAAAACAAUUGCACAACUUGGUGAACUCAUUUAUCAUCAGGGUUUUCAACUGCCCUAGAAGCACUAUGGUAUCCAAACGUAAUGAAUUUUGUAAGUGAUUCCAAAAAUGUUGAGCGUUAAAACUAAAAGCGGAUUUAAAUGAAGUUUGUUAAGUCGGAAGGUUGUAUAAUAGAGCUUUGUAAACAAAAAGGGAGUAAUGAUGUGAUCUACGGGACUUUAAUGAGGACCAGCCAACCUUUUGAGACAGGAUGCAGUGUUGUGUAUUAUCCUGUUUGCAACAAGGCACUAAAGUAAUACAAAGUGUUAUGUUUGGAGCAAAUCCAAUACAACACAUUACUGCGUACCACUUUCCAUAGUUUCAAGCAUUAUGGUGGCUGCAUCAUGUAAUAGGUAUGCUUGUAAAGGACUGGGGAGUUUUUCAGGAUAAAAAAAAAUGAACAGAAUGGAGCUAAGCACAGGCAAAAUACUGGAGGAUAACCUUGUUCAGUCUGCUUUCCACCAGAAACUGUGAGAUUAAUUCAACUUUCAGCAGGUCAAAUCUACACCGGAGUCGCUUACCAAGAAGACAGCGAAUGUGUUCGAGUUACAAUUUUGACUUAAAUCCGCUUGAAAAUCGAUUGGUAUCAAUGGUUGAAAACGGUUGGUAUCAAUGAUCAAACGCCAAUUUGACAGAGCUCGAGGAAUAAUGGGCAGAAGACAGAAAAACGUACUGCUGUAAUAGCUGCCAAAGGUGAUUUUAACAUGUACUCAGAGGUGUGAAUAAUUAUGUAAAUGAGAUAUUCAAUUAAAAAAAUCUAAAAACAUGGUUUCACUUUGUCAUUAUGGGGAAUUGUGUGUCGAUGGGAUUGUGUGUAAUGUAGAUUUUUAACAUUUUGAAGUCAGGCUGUAACACAACAAACUGUGGAAUAAGUCAAGGGAUAUGAAUAAUAAAGGCACUGUAACAUAAGCAGACAAACAGAUUAGGUGCAGAAGACAUUAAUUGAAAUUUGAUGCAAAUUGCAAAAAGUCCAAUGCUUUCACCAUUGACUGGAGGCUUUAAAGGAUAUUUUCGAUUUUACUGUAGAGUUCUCUUGUAGUGGUAUAAAUUAUGUGAUAGCUAAAAAAGCAAUUAAAUCGUGUGUCCCUUGUGACAUAACGAGUUCUUAAAUUAAUAACAGGCGGUGUUCCGUGUGUUCUAUUUCUCUGAAUUCUUGUUCCAAACGGGAGAAUGGGGUCAUAAAAAGUGGCUUCUGUUCUGGGAAUAAUUUUGUAAAAAAUGUGGGGCGCACAUCGUAAUUCGGUCAUCUUAAAUGGUUGUAUAAAUUCGCCAGUUAACCAGAAGUGGUAUCAAUGCGCAGGACCUCAAAAUGUAAAGCCUAACAAAUCGCAUUUUGUGACAUUGAAGACCCGCAGCUUUGUUGAUUGGAGCUAUUUGAAGCCUGUCUACAUACCUUUGAAGUGCAUUACAGUUGAAAUUGUCAACACACCCUUGGACAGUAAAUGUGAGGAAGGAGUAAGAAGCGGCAAUGAAAAGGGACACAAAGAGUCAGCGACCUCGGUGACAUGUGAGAAUGAGGAGGACAUGGAUGAAGGGCUUACAGGGACUCUGCUACCUGCGAGAGAUGCUCCUUCGUGGAUGUGGGAGGGCUUCUCCAUAGAUGACUACAACCCAAAACCCCAACCCCAAGGUCCCCAACCAAAGAUCAUCACACCCAAACUGAAGGAAGAUAAGAGAUGCCUACCCAAAGUGACCGUGCCGCAGCCUUUCAAGAUGACCCUGCGUGAGGAGAGCGAGGGGCAGAAGCAGAGGCAGCUUAGGAAGGCCUGGGAGGAGACUGCCAACAAGCCCACAGUCACGCUGCCUCGAUUCAAAGCGAACCCUGUUCCCAAGAGCAACCAGUUGCCCUUGUAUGAUAAGAUCGUAGAGGAGUGUGAGAGGCAGAGAAAGGUUCUCUAUGAGAAACGGAGAGAUCUCAUGCUGGUCAUGCAACAGCCCUUUAACUUGGGGUCAAAGGUUGCACAUGGUUCUGCCAAGAGGAUGGCUGUAGCUGAGGGUGAUGGAGAUGGAACAGCAGCCAAGGAGGGAGACGAGGGACCAAAGCCGGAGAGUUCAGUUCCUGUCCGCUCCUAUAAGGACAUACUGAAAAGAUGUGCCCAGCUGGCUACUCGUCAUCCCCCUCCAACCAGAGUGGAGAAGACGCUCACUUUCCAACCCGUUAUCAACCGGACUAUACCCGACUUUGGGAGGUUGCACCACAGGUUUGAGGACCGUCUCAGGAGUGUCAGACAGGGAAUGCAUUCCACUGUGCCACAGCCUUUUAGUUUCCAGGUGAACGCUGGAGGGGAUCAGACUGUCAGUACGUCUAAGGAAACUCAAAAGCAUGGCAAGAAGGACCCAUGCCCCGUGGUGAGGUGGGAGCUAGCUAGAAUUCUGGCUAGCUCACAAAGACUUACCAGGUCUGCACUGCUACGAGAGGAGGCUGCGAAGAAGAGACUAGUAACGAGAGAGAAGAGACUGAGAGCAGAGCAGCAGAAGUCAGAAGCUGGCUGUAGUCUUCAGAAAGAAGUGGCCAAGUGGCUCAACGCCCAGAAACAGCGCAGUACUGCCAGGGCACAGCGGCAACAACAGAACUACAGACCCGGAGAGAGGCAGACAAGCGUUUCUCCCUGAUCCUGGAGCGGGCUGGGCUGGAUGAAGCUCUGCUGUGGAGCAAGGCUAUGCUCCAGGAACAGGUCCAGCGUUUACAGCUGGAGGCCACAGAGGAAGCCUAGGAGGGCUCUGAUACUGAUCUCCAUGAGGAGCUUGCAGACUCCUCUGAGGGAUGAACCCUGACAAAGACAUGUUUUUACUAGUGUAUUAAAUUACAAGUG